GUGGCUGGAGAAAAACUCAUCUUUAAUUUUUCAUUUUCAUAAUCAUUAUUGUGCUUACAUUACAGCCUAACAGCGUAGUUUUUCGUGUAUUCUGUUUUAUACUUUGUUGAAUUAAAUAAAAUCCAAUAAGAAUGCCGAAAAAUAAGGGAAAGGGAGGUAAAAACAGAAGAAGAGGAAAGAAUGAAAAUGAUCGUGAAAAGCGAGAACUUAUAUUCAAAGACGAUGGUCAAGAAUAUGCACAGGUAAUUAAAAUGUUGGGUAACGGGAGGUUAGAAGCAAUGUGUUUCGAUGGAGUGAAAAGGUUGUGUCAUAUUCGGGGAAAACUUCGGAAAAAAGUAUGGAUCAACCAAUCAGAUAUUAUCUUGAUUGGUUUACGAGACUACCAGGAUCAAAAAGCUGACGUGAUAAUGAAAUACAACGCUGAAGAAGCCAGGAAUCUGAAGUUGUAUGGAGAACUUCCUGAUAGUGCCAAGAUCAACGACGUACAGUUCGACAACGCUGAGGAGAAUGACAUCAUAAUGUUCGAUGAUGUGAGCGACGCUACAGCGGGUGCUCAACCGACCGUAACGGAGCUGAGCAGCAGCGAGGAGGAAGAUUUGACCGAUGAAAGUUCGGACGAAGAAGUUGAAAAAUAUAAAGCUCCGGUUAAAAGUUAUUCUUCGAAGAAAGGUGGAGGGAUUGAUGUGGAUAAUAUAUAGCAUUUGUUCGUUCGUUGUACAAAGAGUAUUCGGUGAAAUGUCCAGUUCAAUAAUUAUCGCCCAACCAUAGUGAACCCCCAUGUUAGGUCAAUUGUUGCAUCACAAUGCUUUGUGUGACCACAGGUUUUGGGAAGUUAUUCAUUUUAUGCGAAUGUGUUUUAUUUUGUGCAGUUACCAGUUUUACAAGGACGCAGCUUUGUGUCUUCUCCAGAUAAAUACAGAAACAAUGAAUUAA